CUGGAUGAGUUUCACCGCAACGCACACUGAGCCUCAUACUACAGACAGAGUGUGUGCACUGCAGAGACAGACAGACAAACACACACACACACAGAGGGAGCAGAGCAGCUGAGAGCCUGUGUGUUUACUGUUCUGAUGUGACCACAGGAGAGUGCGGGGAGCUGCAGGUGGUGUUCGUGUGUCUCCAGCUGGACAUGGAUCACUGGUGUCCGUCCUCGCCGCGGUGGAUUAAGUGAAAGGACACUGCGCCUCCCUCGGUCUCUACCCCGGUGAAUGUGAGCGCCGAGAGCAGGUGGAUCCGGUCUCUGCGCCCAGCUCCGUUCCCCCCCCCCUCUUCAUCCACCUGUCACCCUUAUGGGGAACCAGGUGGAGAAACUUACGCAUUUAAAUUACGCAGGGGUGCCAACGUCGGACCCGAAUGGCUUCGACCCGGACGACGAGGGACCGCGCAUUGGCGUCUCUUACAUUUUCUCCAACGACGACGACGACCAGGACGAGCACAUGGACCACUACUCGUCCGACAGUGGGACGGUGAACCACGAGGAGAAGCCCUUUGACCCGCAGGACGAGGUGGAGUGCGCGAUAUUCUACCGGGAGGAGAGCGUGUUCGAGAGGAGCCGCGGAGCCGCGACGCACACUGCGGAGAGCCUCCUGAACAAGUGCCGACCGGGGGACCUGCUGGAGUUCGUGACCACGGGACAGUAUCCGCACUGGGCCGUGUACGUCGGGGACUUCCAGGUGAUUCAUCUGCACCGGGCUGAGAUCAAGAACAACUUCCUCAGCGAUGUCAGCCAGGGCAAGAAAGGCCGGAUAGUGAACGGCCUCUACAGGUACCGUGCCCUCCCGCCGGAGGUGAUCGUGCGUAACGCCCGGGACUAUGUGGGCUGCAGGGACCAGGAGCUGUACUGGAGGAACUCUGAGUGUUUUGCCGCCUGGUGCCGCUUUGGCAAAAGGGAGUUCAAGAUCGGAGGGGAGAUUCGGAUCGGGAAGCAGCCGUACAGACUGAAGCUGCUGUUCUCCGAGAAGCAGCAUCACGUCCUGGAGUUCCAGAGCCUGGAGGACGUGAUCAUGGAAAAGAGGAGGAACGAUCAGAUCGGGAAAGUCGCCGUGAUGCAAGAGCUGGCCAACCACCUGAACGCAACACAUGAAAUCAAAGAGGAGCGAUUUGUCAACUGAGAGUGGAUGGUUUAGAGGAAAAGGUCAACAGACGUGAGGGAACAUCCAUGCCUUCCAUUAAGACAACCGUGACCAUGAGCCUGUGCGCGUGCCACACUGCAAACAGACGUCCAAGUUGGAGCAGAAGCUCUGACAUCUGGAGGUGACAUUUCUUCUGGUCUUAAGUGCAUUAGUGAACUUCAUCACAAGUGUCAAAACAAAGGUUUAUUAGCAUUAGAGUGAAAAUCUUCCGCCCUGGUGAUACAUUUCCUUUUUUGUCUAUAAGAGAACCGAGGUUUUACACUCCACCCGACCUUCAGUGACUUGAUGGAUAUAUUCAGAGCUGCAGUCUGGUCUGUUUUUGCAGAUGAAGUGAGAAUCAAAUUGUCCAUAAUUAUCUUUCUAAUCCAAUGAGUCUUUGCACAGAGGAGCAAACCCCCAGUGACGCACUUCCGACCAAUGAGAAGAGCUUCCUCCUGUCCAGCUCAGGUGUUGGACACCGAUACAGAGUGGACUGUGGCUUUUCUGGACCGUGUGUCAACGUGGAGGACGUUUCCUCUUGUGCUUUAUAACUGAUCAUCAGACAGCUUUACCCACUAUGUGACUAUGUUGUGGAUGGGCUCAUUAGCCACGACUGUGCACUUUUAAAUCGAAUCAUCCCUUUCAACAGUUUAUUUUUUGGGAUUAAAUAUGUUUGUAUGAAGGAAAAUGGAAAUAAAUCUAUAUUUGAACAGUAAA